AUGAAUACAAACAUCGAUUACCUGGCUGCAAAAUAUAACGGGUAUGUGGAUUGUACAAAGGAAAAGGCACUUUGUGACAAGUAUCAAGUGCACUAUUUUCCUACUAUCAAAUAUGUAAUUAGUAACUAUGUCCAUGACUAUUUUGGAAGGACAUCGCUUCGCUCUCUCAUUGAAAUGUGUGAUUCUUUGAAUCCGGAAUCGAUUACAAUGAUAUCGGAUGACGCCACCUACACUUCCUUUAUUCACUCUUCACAAGUCGUUUUUUUAUGCGUUUACGACAGUUCUCCUUUCGGAGAGCAGCUUUACUCCCACUUCCAAAACGUCUCUCAAUAUCUCCUCCUCUACGCCGUUUCCUUUCUCUUCCCUUUUUUCAACCCACAGACAUUCGGUGCUACGCACGAUCCCUUACAGAUCCUCCCUCCCAUCCAGCCUCCCUACGUCGUUCGCAUCGAAGGCGACGAAGAUCCUCUCUAUUACCGCAGCCAGAACGUCACGCGCGACGAGCUCUUCAACUGGAUUCGAUCUCUUUCUCUUCCAUUGCUCCCCGAAUACCGCGGUCGCGCCUACAACGACAUCGUUCGGAGCGGGAAACGCACGCUCCUGUUCGCGUUGGACUCCGCCGCGCUGAUCGAUAACGAACAAAUCGCGCACUUGAAGCAGGUGGUGCGAUCGCUGCCCGUUUCGGUAGAUUCGUUCGAAUCGGAAUGA